GAUUGCUCCAAGUUGAAGUUACCAAAUUGGAAGAGAAUCUAAAAGCGAGCUGAGGUAGAGAGGGUUCCACGGAACCAGCAGCGCCCACCCGUAGUCUCAUCCUGCGGCUGCGAGGGAAGCACGGAACGUGGAAGGCUCCUUUUCUCUGGCUAAUGGAAAAGUAGUCCUGCAGUUCCGGAACAAACUGCCUGGAACCCGUUUAUCAUUGGAAGCAGGAACCGCGCACAAUUGCGCGGAUAAUCAGCAGAGUUACGGUCCGUAUUACUUUACCCACUGUUACUCCUUUUCCAGUAGAAUAACUACCGAAGGCGCCUCUGGAUUCAGUCGGGUGGCAGAGUUAUAGCUCCCGGGCACGCAUUUUACAAGUUCAGGCACUCCUCUCGUUACGCAUACUGCUCAUAUUCUACCGUACAGUUUUUAUGUUUAUGAAAGAGCCCUGUGUAUCACUACGCAGAAUUCUUAAUGUGAAAACUUACUGUGGAGUUUCCCUUUCCUACCCACAACUCAUCUAGAAACCACUUAAACUUCUGAUGAGCCAUAAACUAUUGAUCUGAUUGGGUAUAGUGUUCUCCCUUACCAAUGCCCAGAUAUCUUCUAGUUCAUCGUCAUUAAUCCCUAGUCCCUAUGCCAUAGAUUUAGCUUCUUUCCUUGAGGCUUCCUAAACUACUCUAGCACAAGAUUGCAGUUCAGAUCUCACUCCUCUCCCCUGUGACCCUCUUGCCUCACAACUUAUUUUACAAAAUAUUUGUCCUAAUAUUCUAAAUCCUAAACCAACAGGUUUUCCCCUUAUAAAUUGUCCCCUUCAUUGUUCUGUUAUUGAUCCUUGUUUGUCUCAUCUCCUGGCUUUUGCUUUUCUCUCAUAACCUGUCAUUGUUGACUUCUGCCAUGAAGUUUUCAUUUCUCUUGGCAUUCCUCAUCCUAUUAGCCCCUUGCAAGGCACAGUAUGAACAGUAUAGUUUCCGUGGUUUUCCUAAAACCGAGUUAAAGCCCCUACAGCUUACAUAUGCUAGGGGCCUGGAGCUUUAUGAGGCAGAGUCAUGGAGAGAAGCAAUAAAGACCCUGGAGUCCAGUCUGAGGCUACAUAGGCUUCUUCAGGACAGUGAGGCAUUCUGCGGACAGAGCUGCAGUGAAGAUGCUGAAGAGCUGCCUAUCCCAGGACUGGAUAAGGAACAACUGACCAAAGAACAAGGUGAUUGGGCUCUGGAGCUGCAAAUGUUUGGGCAGGUGCUGUCUAAAGCUGUCUGCUUAAGGAAGUGUAAGGCUUCUCUACCAGUCUUCCAGCAGCCGUAUCCUGACCAGGAGAUCUUAAAAGCGUUCCAGAGGAGGGACCCUUACCAGUAUCUACACUAUGCCUAUUUUAAGGUCAAUGAUCUUGAGAAGGCAGUGUCUGCAGCCCACACAUAUCUGCAGAAGAAUCCCACACAUGAGAUGACAGUGCGCUACAUGAAUUACUACAAAACCCUCAUGGAAGUGGAUGAAUUCUUGAUAGACCUGGAGUCUCAGCCUUAUGAGGGAAUAUUUGUUAAAGCUGUAAAGUCUUAUAAUGCAGGAGACUUCAGACGCAGCAUUGAGGACAUGGAACAGGCUCUGCCAUUGUAUUACAAAUCAUACGACCACUGUCUGUCUAGUUGUGAAGGCACCUAUGAGAUGAGAGAAUUCAAAGAUUUUUACCCAGCAGUUGCUGAUCACCUAGCUGAUGUCUUGCAGUGCAAGGUGGAGUGUGAAGAAUAUUUGACUCCUAAUGUCGGGGGCUACUUAGUCCAAAAGUUUGUAGCCACCAUGUAUCACUACUUGCAGUUUGCUUAUUACAAAUUGAAUGAUGUUAAGAACGCUGUGCAGUGUGUGUCCAGUUACAUGCUGUUUGACCCAGCAGAUACAGUCAUGCAGCAAAACUUAGCUUAUUACAAGUUUUACAAGGAGAAAUGGGACCUUAAGGAUACAGAUUUCAACCCGAGAGAGGAAGCUCUGCGUUAUUUCAACCAGACCACACGGUUCAAGGAACUCCUGCAGUUUUCCAAGGAUUAUCUCCAUAAGGAUGAUGAUGAGAUGGAGAUAGGAGCUGAGCCGGAGACGGAACAGAUCCCAUCAGACAAGGAAUUUGAAGGGGAAGGUGACUAUGAGGAGGGGAUCUAUGCAGAGUGGUGGGCACAGCCCAAGUCUAAAGGCGAUCAUGCUGAGAAAGGGUACUGACUUUCAGCUCUGAGACAAGAGGGUUAUGAUGUUUUUGAGAACACUUCCCUAUCUAUUGCCAUGAACUCAUAAGUGUCUAUCAUUUGUCAAAGAAAUCAUUACCCAGUCUGCACCAGGCACCUCACAGCUCAAGCAGGAAUGUAGAAAGGAUUGAAAAGAAGAACAGAAGGCCCAUUAAGUCUGUCCAUUUUCCUUCUGAAGUGUAAGCUUUAUUCAUGUCUAUCCCAUACACUCUUUAAUGUACUUACAGUGUUGGUACUUAUCGCCUUUAUUACAUCAACCAGCCUUUCUGAAAAUAAGUGCUUACUCACAUGACUUCUGAACCUGCACCCUUCAGCCUGAUAUCCAGUCUGGUAAUGCUCUUGAUAGAUGUACCUUAGUCAUCAGUUUCAUUAAAGGGACAUUAGCCUCAACAAAAUGUCUAUCAUGUAUAUGAAAGAGCACAAUUUAAACGUGGCAGAUAUGGGUUUGUUGUUUGUUUUUCUUUGCAUGAAAAAGGUUAAGUUAAAGCUGUUUUGGAAACAUUUAGUAGACCUUCUUUGAACAUUUUCUAGUUUAUUUAUAUCCUGAUGACAUGGUCUCCAUAAGUGUACACAGUAUUCAAGAUGUGGCCUGACUUGUAAUCUGUAAAGUGGCAUAACAUCUCACUUUUUCUGAUGCUAAUAACUUUUUUCAUUUAAACCAGCAUUCUGCUGACUUUAUCUGCUGCAGUACUGAAUUGUUUACCAAUAUUCAGAUUACCCGGAAUAAUAAAGUCCUGUUCCUGUCAGUAAA